UCAUCCAGACCAGAGGGAAAAACAGCAGAAAGGAGAGGAACGCUGGACGGAGGUUUGGCUGGAAAAAGGGGGCAACUCAGCCGCUUUACUGUGCUAAAAAUACAUAUUCCAGGAGGAGAUAACAGCAGUCUUUAUUGGUGCUUCUUUUACGGUUAAUCAGUGACUGAAGAGGAUGAAGCUCUCCUGAUUGUUUAUCGUCCUGUCUUCAUUCACACAUCACCUUCAUCAUGAACCACACUCCCAGCCCCCAACUCUCAGAAGGCGGUAAGACGGCUGGAGGUGGUCUGCUGUGUAGCCUGGGUCUUGGGUCUGACAGGGGCAUCCGCUCCCCAGACAGCCUCACCCACACACCCAGCCCCACAGGGGGAACCCCCAGCUCCAGCCCGCCACUGCUGCUGUCACCCGGACUGGGAGGCCUUGGCCUGGGAUCCCUGGGUGAUGGAGCCGGGGCUGACUGGGAGAGCAGAGAGGAGCUGAGGCUCAGGGAGCUGGAGGAGGCUCGGGCCAGAGCAGCUCAGAUGGAGAAGACUAUGAGGUGGUGGUCAGACUGCACCGCCAACUGGAGAGAGAAGUGGAGCAAGGUUCGUGCAGAGCGUAACCGCGCUCGUGACGAGGUUCGUCAGCUGAGACAGCGGCUGGACACCCUUACCAAGGAGCUGACCAGUGUUCGGCGGGAGCGGCAGGAGCUCCAUGGCAACCACACAGUUCUUCCACCAUCUGCCACUUCUCCCUCUUCCUCCGCUACACAUCAUUGUGGUGCUUCCUCUUCUUCUUGUCCAUCUAUCCCUCCCUUCUCUCCUGCUUCCUCCUCCUCUUACUCUCAGGUCCACAGUGACAGCAAGCUAGACUUUGUGGGGGAGGGGCCACCAGGGUCUCCAGAACCUGAGCCAGUAAGGGACGUGGACUUGGACAAGAAAAAGAUGGGUCAACAAAAGGACCUGGAGCUGCUGGAGUCAGUCCUCCAUUCCCAGACCCUGGGUGCUGACAGUCAGGAUGCCUGGGACAGUCGUGGUGGCAACGCCGAUGUUAACCCUACCAGCCCACGUUCAUCCUCUGGUCUGAGCCGGCAGGAACGCAGCAGGCAGCUGUGGGAGGAUGUGAGCACAGUGGAGGAAGACUCCAGCAAACUAAACGCCCUGCAGCUUCGCCUGGACGAGUCCCAGAAAGUCCUGCGGAAAGAGAGAGAAGACAAGCUUGCUCUGACUAAGAGCAUUGAGAGGCUGGAGGCUGAACUGAGUCAAUGGAAACUUAAAUAUGAGGAGCUCAGCAAGAGCAAACAGGAGGCCCUCAAACAGGUGAAACAUGCAUGUAGUCAGGCCACCACUGUGCCAGUCACAACAAGUCUGUGUGGAUCUCCUGUUGCUUUCUGGGUCGUCAGAAGGGUCACCUACUGUAGAUGUUGGUCCCACAAACAAAAUGUGUUUAUGUUGUUUGACCAAAUAGGGCAACUGCUGUGCCUUAAUGUUGCCACUAGCUGCAGGAUUAAGAUGUUAGAUCAGCUAGAGAACAGACUAAACUAGAGAAAUGCAUUUCCUGUUGAAAAUGCAUGUGGAUGCAAUGA